AUGUAUUCUCUUACUCAUUCUCUUCUUCGUUUACCUUUUCUAUUCUUGCUUAUUCUGCUUCUGGUGCCAUUCUCUGCUUAUGCGCAAAGUUACCGGAAUAUAAGCUUAGGUUCAUCAUUAACUGCCACUGGAGACAAUACUUCAUGGCCAUCACCCUCCGGUGAUUUUGCGUUCGGUUUUCGUCAUGUUGAUAAUGAUCGCUUCCUUCUAGCGAUCUGGUUUGAUAAAAUCCCUGACAGAACCAUAGUUUGGUAUGCAAACGGAGACAAUCCUGCUCCACGAGGAUCUCAAGUUGAGUUAACCACCAAGGGUAGGCUCGUACUUAAGGGCCCUCGCGGUAAUGAACUAUGGGAGGCUGAAACUGCAAAAGGGGAAAUCAGGCACGGCGCGAUGCUUGAUAAUGGUAACUUCGUUCUCGUGGAGGAGUCCUCGACUAAUUAUUUAUGGGAGAGCUUUAAGAAUCCUACAGAUACAAUCUUACCUACCCAGUUUUUGGAAGUAAAUAAACAUAAUAACAAGCUUUCUUCGCGUGUCAAUGAUUCUACAUACACGACAGGAAGGUUUAGGCUCCGCCUGCAAGAGAAUGGAAAUUUCGCCAUGUACGCAGUUGGGUUUCCAAGUCUUACUGAAAAUGAAUACGAGGCAUACUACAAUCUGUUCUUGUUAUCCGGAAGUGACCCUAAAGUUAAUCAGUUUGUCUUCAACGAGUCGGGAAAUAUUUACAUUAUAAGCAGAAAUGGGAGUAUCGUUAACCUUAAAUGGGAUAAUAUUGUCCCAGCAACCAACGUAUAUUACAGAGCGACUCUUGAUUUUGAUGGAGUGUUCACACAAUACUCUCACCCAAAGACAUCCGACCUUAACAGCCGCUGGACCGUUAUGCGAUUAAUGCCUGAUGACAUUUGUGACGCUAUGAAGAGUAGAUUGGGAAGCGGUGCUUGUGGAUAUAAUAGCUAUUGCAUACUCACCUCAAACAGAAGGCCUAGUUGUGAAUGCCCGCCUGGUUAUGAAUUGGUUGAUUCAAAUAACCGAUUUAGUGAUUGCAAACCGAAUUUCAUGUUACCAACAUGCCAGGAAGAAGACACUAAGAACGCGACGGAUUUAUUUGAGUUGCAGAGCUUGAGAAAUGCAGACUGGCCAACAUCCGACUACGAAAUGAUGGAAUCUUAUAAUGAGAAGGAUUGUAGAAGUUCCUGCUUGAAUGAUUGUCUAUGUGCGAUUGCUUUAUUCAAAGAGGGGACUUGCUGGAAGAAAAAGCUCCCGCUUCCGAAUGGUAGGCUUAAUGCUGCUGUGAAUGGAAUAGCUUUGAUCAAGACAAGGAAGGUCAGUGGUUUCCCGAAACCAGAUCUUGAUCCAAUUUUGGGUCCGACGAGAAUUCGAUCAACGUUAAAUUUGGUAGUUUCAGUGCUUUUAGGCUGCUCAGUCUUUUUCAAUUUUAUACUUUUAGCUGCAACCUUUCUGGUCUACUUUUUCAUGGACAAGAAGCUGAGAAAAAAGCAGCACAAGUCAACUACUUUGAGAUCCAGUCUUCGUUCAUUUACUUACCUGGAGCUUGAAGAGGCCACAGAUGGGUUUAAGCAAGAACUAGGAAGGGGUGCUUUUGGCAUUGUGUAUAAAGGGUCCAUUGAAGAAAUUGGUUCAACAGAAUUCAUUGCAGUCAAGAAGUUAGACAAGGUGUUUGGAGAAGGCGAAAAGGAAUUCAAAACUGAAGUCAGUGCAAUAGGUCAGACACAUCACAAGAAUCUGGUUCGAUUGCUUGGGUUCUGCGACGAGGGGAAGCAAAGACUUUUGGUAUACGAGUUCAUGAGUAACAGCAGUUUGGCAGAUCACCUCUUCGGAAUUUGUAAACCAGAUUGGAACCAGAGAGUCCAAAUUGCAUUUGGUAUAUCAAGAGGACUCAUGUAUUUGCACGAAGAGUGCAGCACGCAAAUAAUCCAUUGUGAUAUAAAGCCACAAAACAUACUACUCGAUGACAACUUCACAGCAAGAAUUUCGGACUUUGGAUUGGCCAAGCUUUUGGUGAGUAACCAAACUCGAACUUAUACGGGGAUUAGAGGGACAAGAGGGUAUGUUGCACCAGAGUGGUUCAGGAACACACCAGUCUCAGCCAAAGUGGAUGUUUAUAGUUUCGGUGUAAUGCUACUUGAGAUCAUAUGCUGCAGGAAGGGAGUUGAAAUUGAACUAGGAGAAGAAGAGGUAAAAGCCAUUCUCACCGAUUGGGCCUACGAUUGCUUCAGAAACGGGAAACUACAAAAUUUGGUGGAGGAUGAAGAAGUGAUGAACGACAUGAAAAGAUUCGAGAGGCUGGUAAUGAUUGCUAUUUGGUGUAUUCAAGAAGAACCAUCACUUCGACCGUCAAUGAAGAAAGUAACUCAAAUGCUAGAAGGCGUACUUGAGGUUUCUGUACCUCCAUGUCCUUAUCAGAUUAACUCAUACAUUGGUGAGUACAGCGUACCCGACGACGCCUACCAAUAUCCAACUACAACAACCUCAGACCAAUAAUGCAGAAAACUCAGUCAUUCUUGUGGAAUAUGGUGGUGCAUAAAACUUGCUUCCCAGCUGUGUCUAAUAUAGAUAUGCAUCACCAUUUGUGUGUCCUUCGGAAACUUCAAUGUCUCUCAACUUGUUCAAACUAAGGAUAUUCAGAUACGCAUAACUAGCUAUUACUACCUUGAUGACUUUGCAAUGUCAAAGAUUCAAU